UGUUUUCAUAUUGCAGUGUUUUUGUUAAUAAACGGAAAUGCGGUUUUGAUUGAAAAACUAUGUGCAUUGUGGUUGAACUCAGACGCUCAGAAAAACAUGAACCACGUCAACAAUAUCAAAUAUUAGGGUUGCUAUCUGUAUCAUGUGGCGACUGAGACCAAGUUAAGAGAAUUAUUUGUCAAUUAUUAAUUUUGGUCAAUAAUCUGGUAGCAAUUAUAUUCACUAAUAUAUCAGUGCAUACAUGUAACUGUUUAUUCUCAUUUAUUCAGUGUUAAAUAGAAUUUUCUUUUGUUGUUAAUCAAUUUUAUUGAUUUUUCAUAUCCUUAAAAUGCUUGGGAGGGAGCAAACCUGAGUAAGACAUUAACUCUGGCAAGUGAGCGAUUGUAAAAAGAUUGUUCUUUGUGUGUGUGUCUGGUGCCAUAAUGCUAUUCAGACUUUGAUCUUAGGGAAGUUGGAGUUAAAGUCAAAGAAUUUCUCAGUCGGUCUCAGUGUUUUAUUGGUAAUUAUCCAGAGCUACAGACAGAAGAUCGCCUGAGACGAGUGGAGAAUUGCUACCCUAAAAGGGCUGACUAUAAUGUCAGCGUACAGCUCGGUGCUUGGUGUUGCAGUGUUGUUCCUCCACCUCUGGGGGACACAUUCUUUCCCCACGUCCACCUGUCCUGUUCCCUGCCUGUGCCAGCGUGGUCCUCUCCUGAACUGCUCUUCUUUGGGUCUGACUGAGAUUCCCACACGCAUCCCAGGAACUGCGGUUUCCUUGAACAUAUCCAAUAAUGCCCUGCGUUCUCUGGCUCCUCUCAGCUUUGGUCAUGUAAAAUUGAAGAGGCUUCUGCACCUUUGGGUGGGAAGUAAUGCUUUGGAGAGCCUGUCUCUGAUUUUGAAGAAAGACCGGUCAGGCACUAGGACCCUGACCAGUGGACAACAGGAAUGCACGUCCUGGGCACCUGACCUUCAGUUGCUGUCUGCUGAAAGAAACCAUCUAAAACAUCUACCAAAGGGGUUGGGCUGCAUUAAAUCUCUACAGAUUCUUCAGCUGUCUUAUAACCAGAUAUCUGAGAUAGGUCUUACUGACCUAGACAACUGUAUUCAUUUGAAGGAGCUACAUCUCCAGCAUAACAACAUUACAAGCAUUCACCAACAUGCUUUUGUAAACCUAAAACAUCUGCAGGUCCUUGAUCUGAGCUAUAACAUGCUGGUCACCAUUCCCGUUCCUGCCUACCAGUCGCUGAGAAACCUGAACGCCUUGGUUGAUGUCUCCUUCAACAGAUGGAAGUGUGACUGCAACUUGCAGACCUUGAGAAGAUGGAUUAGCUUUGAUACUGAAAUCGGUGAUGCUUCCUGGCAAGUGGUAUGUGCCUCUCCACCACAUCAUGCUGGAAAAGAUCUGCUUCACCUGAAGGAUUCAGAGCUUACUUGUCCAACACAUGAAUACAGCACAUCUGGUCGCUAUCAUAAUAUGAUUGUAGACGAGGGGAUGCAAAUAUCAAUUCCUUGCAGCAAUGACAGUCAAGAUAUCAUGCAGGUUCACUGGUGGACUCCACAAGGCCAAGUCAGAGAUAACCAACCAAAACUUAUAAUUAAGGACAUCACUGAGCAGCAAGCGGGACUUUAUGUGUGUGUUUCAGGUCUUCAAGGAGAGCACAUAUCAGUAUUUGAUCUACAUGUCUAUAAAAAAGGCAGUGGCUCAAGAUCACGUAGGGAAGCAGCAACCAUCUUGAAUGAGCAAGAAAACACAAACGCACCAAGGAAUGUUUUACGCCAAAGGACCGAGUCAAAUUUUGUCCUUGCCGUCUGCCUCUCUGUCAUCAUUACAUUUAUUGUGGCCUUUAUCCUUGGUGUUCUUUUGAGACCACUGUUAGACAAGUUAUGGAUGAGAAUACGAUCCAAGAGACGAUCUACAACACCAACAACAACAACAACCUCCUCCGCUGGGCCCCAGCCAUAUGUGAAUGAGGGGUACUCUGAUGUAGAAGACCAAGAAGUGAGAUCGGGUUCAAGAGUUACAUUUGGUGGAAUCACAGAAGUGGAAGUCCCUUACUACGUUACUGUAGAGAACAAUCAAGCGGAUGGCUCCUCUGAGAGCAACACAGAAGUUGAGCCUCAAUAUGAGACAGUCAAAAAAAAUGAAUCCUCAAUAACCGGUGGGAAACGGCAAGCCCUUGAGAGAGAGACUCACAGAGGAAGAGCAGACAGCAGUAGUAGCAGCUCACUACAGGAAGGGGAAGUGAAUGCUUUAGUCAUAAAUGGUAAGAAACUGCCAACCUACUCAACUAAAAACAUGGCAAAAUCCAUGGAAUUUGAGCCAAUUCCAGAUGCAAAUGAUAUCACAGAGCUAAAGAGAAGGGGCAGUUCUUCAUCAUCAUCAUCUCAGUCAAGUCAGGAAGGUAACUUCUCAAGAGAAUCUGAACAAAGUGUCGAUCCUCCUGCUGUCACUAUACCAGGAAACAAAAACACAAUGGGUAGAAUUCCAGGAUUUAGUACAGAUCCAUUUCCAGAAAGGCCAAACAGACUGACAGAACUGAAUGUUGAUGAAUUGGACCCAGAGUUGUGGAAUGACAGUGGAGAAAGCUUUUCUUUCAAUGAAAGCUCUGAAAGGUCAAGUAUCCGGGAUCUCUCCAACUCUGCUUUAGGACACCCACUAAAGGAUGAUUUCGACAAACCUUUUGGUAAAGAACUUAAUGUUGAUGAUAACAAGCAGUUGAAUCGCUCCAACAGAGUAAGCUCCUCUAGUUCAAGUGAAAGUGUUGAAAGUAUAGAUGGACCAAACAAAUAUGUUGUGAACCCAGAGGAAAUGGAUAAAUCAGACAUAGAGAACUAUGCAAACUCUGCCACCUUAAAUAGAUUUGGCAGUCUUAAAGAUGUCACCUUAAAUGAAAGAAUGCCUAGUGCUGGCAUUCUUAUAAGACAAGAGGCUGUCACUCAUGACAGUGUUGAUGACAAUAUGCAUAUUUAUGACAUAUCAGACAAACCUGGGGUAUGUGUAGAUGUGGGUCUUGAUACAGUGCCGAAGGUUAAAAGAUAUAUUGAAUUUAAACAGUUCAAACCUCAUUCUGGACCUCCAACUCUGCCAUCAUUUUCUUCUUCCUCAACAAAGAACACCUUACCAGAUAAGAUAACUCUGCCUUCCUUAACUACAAAAGAUGCUAUACAGGAAACAAGGAGAUAUAGCUCAUCAUCAUCAUCAUCAUCAGAGGAUGGUGAACUGACAACCGAGGAGGACAAUUUCUUCAGGAAAAUAGGUGUAUCUUCUGAUGGAGUAGCAAAAGUAAAAAGAUUCAUCACAUUUAAACAGUUUGAACCUUCUUCUCCAUUGAUACCUUCCUUCACCAAAAAAGAUGAGAUGCUGGAAGCAAAAAGUUACAGCUCAUCUUCAGAUGAUGAUGAUGAUCACCACCUGACAACCAAAAGUCACAAUGUAGAUGUAUCUUCUGUUGGAGUUUCAAAUGUAAAAAGAUACAGCUCAUCUUCAGAUGAUGAUGAUGAUCCCCUGACAACCAAAGGUGACAAUGAAGAUGUAUCUUCUGUUAGAGUUUCAAAAGUAAAAAGAUACAUCACGUUUAAACAGUUUGAAUCUCCUUCUCCAUCACCACCUUCUUUUACCAAAAAAGAUGAGAUGUUGGUAGCAAAAAGUUACAGCUCAUCUUCAGAUGAUGAUGAUGAUCACCACCUGACAACCAAAAGUCACAAAGUAGAUGUAUCUUCUGUUGGAGUUUCAAACGUAAAAAGAUACAGCUCAUCUUCAGAUGAUGAUGAUCCCCUGACAACCAAAGGUGACAAUGUAGAUGUAUCUUCUGUUAGAGUUUCAAAAGUAAAAAGAUACAUCACGUUUAAACAGUUUGAAUCUCGUUCUCCAUCACCACCUUCUUUCACCAAAAAAGAUGAGAUGUUGGUAGCAAAAAGUUACAGCUCAUCUUCAGAUGAUGAUGAUGAUCACCACCUGACAACCAAAAGUCACAAUGUAGAUGUAUCUUCUGUUGGAGUUUCAAAUGUAAAAAGAUACAGCUCAUCUUCAGAUGAUGAUGAUGAUGAUGAUCCCCUGACAACCAAAGGUGACAAUGUAGAUGUAUCUUCUGUUAGAGUUUCAAAAGUAAAAAGAUACAUCACAUUUAAACAGUUUGAAUCUCCUUCUCCAUCACCACCUUCUUUCACCAAAAAAGAUGAGAUGUUGGUAGCAAAAAGUUACAGCUCAUCUUCAGAUGAUGAUGAUGAUCACCACCUGACAACCAAAAGUCACAAAGUAGAUGUAUCUUCUGUUGGAGUUUCAAACGUAAAAAGAUACAGCUCAUCUUCAGAUGAUGAUGAUCCCCUGACAACCAAAGGUGACAGUGUAGAUGUAUCUUCUGUUAGAGUUUCAAAAGUAAAAAGAUACAUCACAUUUAAACAGUUUGAAACUCCUUCUCCAUCACCACCUUCUUUCACCAAAAAAGAUGAGAUGGUGGAAGCAAAAAGUUACAGCUCAUCUUCAGAUGAUGAUGAUGAUCACCACCUGACAACCAAAAGUCACAAUGGAGAUGUAUCUUCUGUUGGAGUUUCAAAUGUAAAAAGAUACAGCUCAUCUUCAGAUGAUGAUGAUCCCCUGACAACCAAAGGUGACAAUGUAGAUGUAUCUUCUGUUAGAGUUUCAAAAGUAAAAAGAUACAUCACAUUUAAACAGUUUGAACCUCCUUCUCCAUCACCACCUUCUUUCACCAAAAAAGAUGAGAUGCUGGAAGCAAAAAGUUACAGCUCAUCUUCAGAUGAUGAUGAUGAUCACCACCUGACAACCAAAAGUCACAAUGGAGAUGUAUCUUCUGUUGGAGUUUCAAACGUAAAAAGAUACAGCUCAUCUUCAGAUGAUGAUGAUCCCCUGACAACCAAAGGUGACAGUGUAGAUGUAUCUUCUGUUAGAGUUUCAAAAGUAAAAAGAUACAUCACGUUUAAACAGUUUGAACCUCCUUCUCCAUCACCACCUUCUUUCACCAAAAAAGAUGAGAUGCUGGAAGCAAAAAGUUACAGCUCAUCUUCAGAUGAUGAUGAUGAUCACCACCUGACAACCAAAAGUCACAAUGUAGAUGUAUCUUCUGUUGGAGUUUCAAAUGUAAAAAGAUACAGCUCAUCUUCAGAUGAUGAUGAUCCCCUGACAACCAAAGGUGACAAUGUAGAUGUAUCUUCUGUUGGAGUUUCAAAAGUAAAAAGAUACAUUUCAUUUACACAGCUUGAAUCUUCUUCCCCAACUCUGUCAGUAUCCAGACCUUCAACUAGAAUUGAGACAACAACUGAGGAAACAAUACAAUCUGUGCAGCCAAGCACCACACCUAAAGAUACAAGUCCAAAUGCGAAGAAAUACAUGUAUUUAAAGCAUCAACACCAGUCCUCAUCUCUGCCAUCAUCACCUACCUCUACCAGGAAGGGUUUGUCUGGAAAGAUUAAACGCAAAAAACAAAAUGAUCAAUCAUACAGUGGAAGUCAAGAUAGCCUGCCACUAUACCAUGUCCAUCCUGUCUACAGGUCAAGUAUAAACAGACUGAAUAGAGGCUAUGAUACUGAUAGAUCAUAUUCGAGUGAAGAAGAAGAUCAAUUUUCAGAGUACCCAAUAGAGUUUACAAUGGCAUCUGGGAUAAACAGCGGAUCCAUCACACCAGAUAAAAAAGCAGACAAAGUCCUCAACAUUGACUUUGAUAACUCCUCCAGCAGCACAGAUGUAUUUGACAAGAAACAUUCUAAAGGUCUACUGAAAUUAAGAGCAUUAAAUGCACGACUGUUCAACAGACACGAAAAUGAAACAGAUGAGGGGAAUCUUCAAUCACAAGUUGAAACAAAGUCAUCAACUGUCUCUCGUAAUAGAAAGCCAAAGGUGACCACUAAUGAAAACGAAAAUGGUUUAUCCCUUGAUCAUUUACCAAACGUGAAGAGAUACCUUCAGUUUUCACACUCGGAUUCCUAUCAAGUCCAAUUACCGUCUCCUCCACCAACCACUGGGGUAGUCACGCCUGAAUUUAUAGUGACAACUGAGUCCAGGAGAUCUAGUUCCUCUUCUGAGGAUGAUGUUCAAUUACGAUCUACUCCAACCAUUGGGGUAGUCACACCUGGAUUUAUAGGAACAACAGAGUCCAGGAGAUCUAGUUCCUCAUCUGAGGAUGAUGUCAAAUUACCAUCUCUUCCACCAUCCACUGAGGUAGUUACGCCUAGAUUUAUAGAAACAACUGAGUCCAGAAGAUCUAGUUCCUCAUCCGAGGAUGAUGUCAAAGAAACCACUGAAGAUAUAAAUUUUGUUGGACAAGUGGGUGCAUCUUAUGACAGAAUUCCAAAAGUAAAAAGAUACAUUAAAUUCUCAAGCACUGAACCUUCUUUGACAACACUGCCCUUGAACAAAGAACUAGGGGCAAAACCUGAAUCAUGGAGAUCAAGUACGUCUUCUGAAGAUGAUAUCAAACUUUCAACCAACGAAGACAAUUUCUUUGGGAAGAUAGGUGUAUCUCAUGAUACAGUGCCGAAUGUUAAAAGAUACAUUCAAUUCAGUCAGCCAAAACCUUACUCUCCAACUCUAACAUCUUCAUCUAUUUCCACCAAGAGGCCUGCGGUGGUAGUGGAGACAAGUUCUAAGACAUCUGUCAAGUUGGAUGACAAACCUGAUGCUACGGAAAAAAAUUUGGGGGGGCAAAUAGAUCUUGAUGCGGUAUCUAAGGUUAAGCGAUAUGUGCAGUUUACACAGUACAAACAUCAUUCUCCAACUCUGCCAUCACCUCCUUCCUUAACUAUGAAAGAUGCUAUACAGGAAACAAGGAGAUAUAGCUCAUCAUCAUCAUCAUCAUCAUCAGAUGAACUGACAACCGAGAAAGACAAUUUCUUCAGGAAAAUAGGCGUAGCCUCUGAUGGAGUAUCAAAAGUAAAAAGAUUCAUCACAUUUAAACAGUUUGAACCCUCUUCCCCAACACUACCAGUAUCCAAAAUUGAGGCCACAACUGAGACAGUAACAUCUACGCUCACCAGCACCUCUAAAGAUGAUGUUAGAUCUCAGAAUGAGAAUGAAGAAAUCGGUAUCUCUCUUGAAAGAGUACCACGAGUAAAGAGAUAUAUCCAAUUUAAACAGCCAGUAUCUCAUCUUCCAGUUGUGUCACCCACCACUUCAGAUAAACUGCAAGUCACACCUAGGGUGGAAACCAAAUCUGAAGCAAGGAGAUCAAGCUCUUCUUCUGAGGACGAUGUCAAACCAACUGCCAAAGUAGACAAUGUCUUUGGACAAACAGGAACAUCUCUUGAUAGAGUACCAAGAGUUAGGAGAUACAUUCAAUUCACACGUCCUGAAAUUCAAUCUCCAGUUCAGACAACAACUAGUCUCUCAUCUGAAAGAGUCAUUGUAACCACGGUAGCUAAAGAAACAAGGAGAUGGAGCACUUCAUCUUCUGAGGAAGAUGUUAAACUCACUACUAAAAAAGAGAAUAUCAGAGAGGAAACAGGCGAAUAUCUUCCCAAAAUCCCAAAAGUAAAAAGGUACAUUAAGUUCACACAACCCGAACCAUACACCUCGAAUCUGUCACCAUUUCGACCUUUAAGCACAGAAAAAUACACGAAGGUGACGGAAACCAAACUGAAACCACCAGCCACUAGGGACAGCACUUCAUCUGAGGAUGACGUUCAGGAAGACAAUGGCUCUGGGCAAACAGGAGUAUCUCUUAAUAGAGUAUCAAGAGUUAAGAGAUACAUUCAAUUCACACAUACUGAAAGUCAACCCCCUACUCAGUCAGCAUCUAGUGUCUCAGCUCAAAGACUUGGAGUAUUGGGGGCAGUUCAAGACACAAGGAGAUCAAGCUCUUCAUCUGAAGAUGAUGACGAUAAACCAUCUAUUAGAGAAACAGGUGAAUCUCUUGACAAAAUCCCAAAAGUAAAGAGUUAUAUUCAAUUCACUCAAUACGAACCUUCAGCACAGUCAAAACUUCCAUCUUCAAGUGUUGCUAAAUCCAUAAAGGUGACAGCAAUACCAACUACUAAUGAAAACAAAACAGAAUCAAUGACACAGAUCACUUCAUCUGGAAGUGUUGACAGAGUGACAAGAGUUAAGAGAUACAUUCAAUUCACACCUACUGAAAGUCAGUAUCCUUCUUGGGCAUCAACUGCUGUCUGGGCUGAAAGAGUUGAAAUAUCUGGGGUAGCUCAAGAAACAAAGAUACCGAGCACUUCAGCUGAAUAUGUUAAACCUAAUUAUAGCAUCACUGGAAAAACAGACACAAGUUUCUUUCAAGAAACUGGUGUAUCUCUUGAUAAAAUCCCAAAGGUAAACAGGUACAUUGCAUUCACAAAGAAUGAACCUUCUUCGACCAAAUUAAUGAAACGAGAUUUAACACCUGCAACACAAUGGUCCAGUUUAUCAUCUGAGAUGUCACCUCCUGCCUCACUGAAAAAAGGGUCUGCAUUAAUAAUCAAGACCCAGUCACAAUCAUGGAAGUCUGAGUCUAAUUCAGCGGAACAAACUGGCCUAAAGUCAAAGUUAAGAAAGUCAAGUUCCUCAUCCAGUGAUGAAUCCAUAGGACACAAUGUUGUGGAUGUACAAGCACUGCAAGAUGAGCCUCCAGCAGUUCCACUGACAUCCCCACCUCCCCUAGAACAAGAAAAUGCCAGAGAGUAUCUCAGAGAAAACUCUGAAGUUCGUCAAAGACAAGAACGCAGACGAUUACAGCAGCAAAGGAGAAGGGAAAUGGAUGAGUUUGACAUUGCAUCCCUAUCCUCCAUGCAACAAGAAGGUGACAAGCAGAACAGAUCACCGGCAGAUUAUGGAGUGACACCAUUCCAAACCGAACAUGCAUACAGCAAUGUCUUUACAAGCAGCACAUUAAGUUCCAGAAGCACAGAAGGAGCCGAAGCCCCAGUUUUACGGGGCCUUAAAACUAAGAGUACAUCAACACCCAGUUCCAAGACACCAACUUCAAAGUAUAGAGAAUAUUUAAUUUAGCCAAAAAUUGACCGACCACGCAAACAACAUUGGAUGAAUCUGAACUGAUCCUUUCAAAAUCACAGCUUUUGAGGAAGGGGGUUUGCUUUUUACUGAGUAUUGUAAAUACUGUAAUAUAAUUAUAAACAUAAACAUAACCUAAACUUCUUUAAGUAUUUCAUAAAUAGAAGUUCUGUUCUUUUUGCAUUGAAACAAUGUAUGAAUAUACAAGACAAUGUGCACUGUCUGAGAUUACAAAAACUGUGUUGAUUUUAAUCAGUCAUGAUAUGCAGUACUUAAAAAAAGUAAAAAAAAAAAAAAAAAAAAAA